GUGUGAGGUCUGGGAUCGAUCGAGUGGCAGAAUAUCAGAAUUAUCCCGGCCGGAAUGCAGAGGAUGGGUACAGAAGAUGGGAGAACAACUACUGUCGCACUAGGGGAUCAUCAGUCGGACACGGAGAGCGUGGGAAGCGAGAGGUCAGGCUAUAGUGGCCCACUCAGCGGACCUCUCAACAAAAGAGGCAGAAAAAGCGCCAGAUUCAACCUUUCUGACUCCAGCGGUGCUACCACAACCGGUGGUAGUUCCAGCAUGAAUUCUCAUCAUAAUCGUCAUGAUCCGGACGAAGCAUACGUGGAGAUCACCCUGGACGUGCGUGACGACUCGGUGGCGGUGCAUAGCGUGAAGGCUGCCGGAGGUGCGGAUAGUGAGGACCCUGAGCUCACACUGUUGGCCAAGACUCUGGAGAAGAGAUCCUCGUCCUUGGGUUCUUCGGUUAUCCGCAGCGCCUCCUGGAAAAUCAGGCAGGUGUCCCAAGAGCUGAAACGACUCGCCUCCCUCACCAGGCGACCCUCCACCAGGCGGUUCGACAGGAACAAGUCGGCUGCCGCUCACGCCUUGAAGGGGCUCAAGUUCAUCGCUAAGACAGAUGGCGCCGCUGGUUGGCUUGGGGUCGAGAAGCGCUUCCACGAUCUCACUGCUUCUACGAACGGCGUUCUCCCCCGUUCCCUCUUCGGAGAAUGUAUUGGGAUGAACAAGGAAUCGAAGGAGUUCGCCGGCGAGCUAUUCGACGCACUGGCUCGGAGGAGGAAUAUCACGGGAGAGUCGAUCAACAAGGCAGAAUUGAGGGAGUUUUGGGAUCAGAUUUCAGACCAAAGUUUCGACUGCAGGCUUCAGACUUUCUUCGACAUGGUGGACAAAGAUGCUGACGGCAGGAUCACGGAAGAGGAAGUCAGAGAGAUCAUAGCCCUCAGUGCUUCUGCAAACAAGCUUUCAAAUAUACAGAAACAUGCCGAGGAAUAUGCGGCCCUGAUCAUGGAAGAGCUCGACCCUGACCACGUCGGUUACAUAAUGAUUCACAAUCUGGAGACACUACUGUUGGAAGCUCCAAGUCGGUCGUCGAUGAGAGGAGGAGAGAGUAGAAACCUGAGCCAGAUGUUGAGCCAGAAGCUGAAGCCGACGGUGGAGAAAAACCCGGUGAAGAGGUGGUGGGAGAGGACCAAGUACUUUUUCAUGGACAACUGGCAGAGGAUAUGGGUGAUGGCAUUGUGGAUACUUGUGGUGUCUGGACUAUUCGCCUACAAGUUCGUGGAGUACCGGAGGAGAUCAGCGUACGAGGUGAUGGGCUACUGCGUUUGCGUGGCCAAAGGAGCUGCCGAGACACUCAAAUUCAACAUGGCCCUCGUACUCCUCCCCGUCUGCCGCAACACCAUCACCUGGCUUCGCAACAAGACUAAGCUGGGAGUCAUGGUCCCCUUCGACGACAACCUCAACUUCCACAAGAUCAUCGCCAUCGGGAUCGCUCUCGGGGUGGGGCUUCACGCGGGUGCCCAUUUGUCCUGCGAUUUCCCUAGAAUAUUGUCUGCCACCCACGACAAGUACGAGCUGGUGGCGCCUUACUUUGGGGAGAAGCAGCCAAGCAGUUACUGGUGGUUUGUGAAGGGAGUGGAAGGGGUGACGGGGAUCAUAAUGGUGGUGCUCAUGGCUAUAGCCUUCUCCCUGGCAACCCCAUGGUUGAGGAGGAACAAGCUCAAGAUUCCUAAGCCCCUCCGGAAGCUCACCGGCUUCAACGCCUUCUGGUACUCUCACCACCUCUUCGUCAUUGUCUACGCUCUCUUCAUCGUCCAUGGCAUCAAGCUCUACCUAACCAAGGAAUGGUACAAGAAAACGACAUGGAUGUACUUGGCGGUUCCAGUAACAAUGUAUGGCUGUGAGAGGUUGAUAAGGGCAUUGAGAUCAAGCGUGAAAGACGUUAAAAUACUGAAGGUGGCGGUGUAUCCUGGGAACGUGUUGGCGCUGCAUAUGACAAAACCCCAGGGCUUCAAAUACAAGAGUGGACAAUACAUGUUCGUUAAUUGUGCUGCCGUUUCUGCCUUCGAGUGGCACCCAUUCUCCAUCACGUCGGCACCUGGAGACGACUACCUGAGCGUUCACAUAAGAACUCUAGGCGAUUGGACACGACAACUCAAAACCGUUUUCUCCCAGGUAUGCCAGCCUCCAACUGGUGGGAAAAGUGGACUCCUCAGAGCCGAUUACAAUAUCAACACGCAAGAAGGAGGAAACGUUCCAAAUUUCCCCAGAGUGUUGAUAGACGGACCAUACGGAGCACCAGCGCAAGAUUACAAGAAAUAUGAUGUGGUGCUGCUGGUGGGAUUAGGGAUCGGAGCCACCCCAAUGAUCAGCAUCGUCAAAGAUAUCGUCAACAACAUCAAGUCCAUGGAUUUACUAGAACAAGACCAACAACAAGGGGAUGAUGAUAAGGCACUUGCUGAAACAAUUUCUUCGACACCACCACCAACCCAAUCUUCUUCUUCUUCUUCACAUAAUAAUAGUAAUAAUAGUAAGAAGAAAGGGUUCAAGACGAGGAGGGCAUACUUCUACUGGGUGACAAGGGAGCAAGGGUCUUUCGACUGGUUCAAAGGGGUGAUGAACGAGGUGGCCGAGUUCGACCAGAAAGAGGGUGUGAUAGAGCUCCACAACUACUGCACCAGCGUCUACGAGGAAGGAGAUGCCAGGUCCGCACUCAUCGCCAUGCUUCAGUCCCUCAACCAUGCCAAGCAUGGUGUCGACGUCGUCUCCGGCACCCGUGUCAAGUCACAUUUCGCCAAGCCCAACUGGCGUAGCGUCUACAAGCGCAUCGCCCUCAAUCACUCUCACACCCGUGUUGGAGUGUUCUACUGUGGAGCCCCAGCACUAACGAAGGAGCUGCGCCAGCUUGCAUUGGAUUUCUCUCACAAAACCUCCACCAAAUUCGACUUUCAUAAAGAGAACUUCUGAAAUCAUCAACCCAUCCACUAGACAACCAUAGUAUUAGGAGAAGAACAAGACCAAGACUUUUUGUUCAGUCCUUCCUGUCCAUUUGUACAGCUAACCACAAUUAGCAACACCGAUUUCUUUGAAUUUCGUCUUGCUACUUGGUCACUUACUUUAUCAUCAUCUGCCUGACCCAGAGCCACAUCUACCCCCUCUAUUAGUCUCCCCUACCCCAAUUUCGUCUUGUACAAGAGGGAAUGGCAUGAGAAUUGAAGAAAAGACUGACGGGUUAAUUCUUAAUAUAUAGUGUUUGUCUUGGGGGUGGCUUCACUAUUGAGGGGUCACAGCUGUUUCCAAGGAUCCUGAUCAGACAAGAUGACCGACAACUUGAUUGUGUUUAUUUAAAAGGGAGGAAAAACGAAACCUCUUUCUAGGCGCAACAUAUAGGCUACUUUUUUUUGUUUUUUUGGGUGCUAAAGUGGUUACCUAAUGUAUGCAGUCGUAUUAUAUUGAAUUUUAUCUAACUCUUUCAAUC